GUCAGUCAUCACUGAGAAGAGGAAGGCGCAUGACACUGUUACCGCGUGGGCAAAUGACUCUGACUCUGACUCUGACUCUGACUCAGCUCCUAGCUUCACGGCUUUUGCUUCCAUUACCGGUGAAAAGACAAGCUGUCCACUAGUGGGAUUCUGUUGUCGUCAAGUGUCAGCAUGGAGGAGGCUUCUCUCCAGCCCCGAGAGUUCCGGUUUUAACCCUUUCUCACACGUGGAGUGUUCAUCCUUCAAAGCUCAAUCAAAGAAUAUCUCUUCUCUUGAAUCCAUUAUCUCUAUUACUGAUCUAGCCUCUCUUUGAACUCCAGAUGUUUGCAGUUAUCACUACUGCCUUGGUAAUCAUGCUCUCACUUGUGGUAUCACGUGUGACUGUUCCUAAGAGAUGUCAAAUGAGCAUCUGCCUCCAAACUGGAAUAGCACCAGCAGCCUGAGGAAUGAAUGCCUCAUUCAAGUUCAUCUAGAUGGUCCAAAGAAUUUACUAGGGAUUACUUGAAGAGCUAUGGACAACUAAAGACAGAUGUAUAUGCCCUCCUCCUUACCCAGCCACAUUGUAACGUCUACAACAGAGUGGCUCCACACCUAGCUUGAGAGCAGUGCCCCGUGUGAAGGGCAGUAGAGGUGACUGCAAUUCACACCCCGUAACUCUCAGACAGCCGUGGUGUACGCACUAGGGGUGAUUACAGACUCAGCCCCCUACAUAAAGCACAGACAGGUGUGCUGUGGAGAAGUUACUCGCAUGCGUACUUCAUCAUAGCCCUUCUGUGGUCUUGGAAGACACUUCAGUCAUGGGGAGGAUGGCUUGCAGAACAGUUCAGUGGUGGCUUGUGAAAGAUGGCGUUCCUCUGGCUCGGAAUCAGAGGAGCAUUCUCAUUACAUAUCUUUGGCAUCUUCUGCUAUUCCUUUGUUUUUGUUUGGAGCAGGGUCGUUCUGUAUGGCUAUCCUGGAACUCAGGAUAGACCAGGCUGGCCUCAAAUUCACAAAGAUCCUGCUGGGGUUAAAGGCACGCGCCACCAUGCCUGGCUCUUCCGCUGUUCUUUAGUUUUCCUGUGUUCAGUGCUUUGUUCAUCUGUAUUGUUGAUUAAGAAUGGGGGCUGUGUUUAAAAAGGGCCGUUGAGGCCUCCUGACCCAUAAGGCCACGGGCCGGAAGUUCUGCUCUCUCUUCCCUUUUCUUCAUCAUGACACAAGAUCAAGGUGAAAAGGAGAAGAACCCCAUGCGGGAACUUCGCAUCCGCAAGCUCUGCCUCAGUAUCUGUGUUGGGGAGAGCAGAGACAGACUGACCCCGGCGGCCAAGGUGUUGGAGCAGCUCACAGGCCAGACACCUGUAUUUUCCAAAGCUAGAUACACCGUCAGGUCCUUUGGCAUCCGGCGAAAUGGGAAGAUUGCUGUUCACUGCACUGUCCGAGGAGCCAAGGCAGAAGAGAUUCUGGAGAAAGGCCUGAAGGUGCAGGAGUAUGAGUUAUGGAAAAAUAACUUCUCAGAUACUGGAAACUUUGACUUUGGGAUUCAAGAACACAUCGAUCUGGGCAUCAAAUAUGACCCAAGCAUUGGGAUCUCUGGCCUGGACUUCUAUGUGGUGCUGGGUAGGCCAGGUUUCAGCAUUGCAGACAAGAAGCACAGGACAGGCUGCAUUGGGGCCAAGCACAGCAUCAGCAAAGAGGAGGCCAUGCGUUGGUUCCAGAAGUAUGAUGGGAGCAUCCUUCCUGGCAAAUAA